UCUCCUCCUUCCUUUGCCAUAGGGAUUUUUCAAAUGGCUUUCUAAUUGCUGAAAUAUUCUCAUGGUAUUACCCAGAAGACAUUCAAAUGCAUUGCUUUGAAAAUGGGACCUCUCUAGCUGUCAAACUCAGCAACUGGUCACAGCUUGGAAAGUUCUUUGCAAAAAGAAACCUGAAGCCCAUACGCGAGCUAAUUGAUGGGACAAUUCAUUGUAAACCUGGAGCUGCAGAAGUAUUUGUACAAGACAUUUAUACAAUGCUGACAAACAGGCGGAUAAAACACAGUCGGGAUGAAGAGAUUGACUUUACAGAUCGUAUUUACCAGGAAAAGUUACCAAUGGUUGCUAGAUCAACUGCUUCAAGGGCUAUUAAAACCAACAUUAAGCUAACAGAGCUAAUGGUGGAGCCUAAUAUUGACAAAAACAGGCAGAAGGUUAAUGCGAUCAUCAACAUGCACAUGCACCGAAGGCUGCUAGACAGAGAACAAGAUCCAGCACGUUUUGAUAUUAAACCAACACUGGGUGAACGAGCUGUUCGUCGUCCUUCUGUUUUGGCUCCUUCCUUGAGUGCAACUAAUCUUCAGAAGGAGAAAUCUAUUCCUGCGCCAAGCAGUACACCUUCCACAGAAAUCAGAGGCAAAAUGGGUGUUCAUUUCAAAACCAUCCAAGUGAAGCAAGCUGAGAGAUGCCCUUUUGAUGCUAAUAAAAAUGUCUAGGCACCCAUUCUAAAGACUGUAAUGAGAGAAAAAAGAAUCAAAGCUGCUUUUUACCACAACAGAUGCCUUACGGCCAGGUUUUUCUAACGUAUUGAGGAAUAUGUUGCCUUACCGAUACGCUCAAUAAACAUUAAUGCUGAGACAAUACAUAACUUGACAUUGAUACAGGCUUAAGGAAACCACAUUAAAGGAUUACUGAUUUUUACAUUUCCCUUUACUCACAUUAAAAUGGAGAUGUUUUCUAAAUAGCAGUUUGUAUCUAGCCGAGUACUGUUGUGUGUUUAAUAAAACCUAUCAUUGGGUAAGCAGAGUCUCAUUGUCAAGCAGUUGGGUUUUAUAACAAAUGUAAGAAUAUGUUCUGUUUUGAAUAUACCUAUCGCAUGAAAAUGCCUAUAAGUAAUAGCUGUAUGGCAACAUUACUAAUGAAUGAGAUUUAGGAAAUAUUUUUAAGUCAGGUGAAUCAGAUCUAGAAAAUACACAAUUUCAGGCUUAAACCAGUUCUUUCAAGCCAGUAUGAAAAAACAGAGGUACCCAUUACUUUCGAACACAAGCGAUUGCUUAAUAUUAAAGUGCUGGGUAUAGAUCACUGAGCUUUACAAACUUGUGAUGAUUUUGCAGUGAAUGUUCACUAUGAAAUUGUAUUUUCAGCUAGCUUGGCUCAAGAGGCAUUGCAGUAAAUGGCUCCCCAUAGCAUAUCAUCCAAGGCUGGUAAAAUUGAUUUGAUUUCUGAGGCAGAACAUUUUGUAGCUCAGCUUUUCUCAUAUUGGUUAGACAUGGGCUCUUCUGGAGAUACUGGUCAGCAUCCAACAGAGAGAUAAUGCUUCUAAAACAACCUGAAAUGAAAGCAACUGCUAGUUUCCAGAAACAGGGAACAACAGCAGAGCUUGCAGAAGGAUACAAAACUAACAUGUACUGAUCCUGAAGCAAGCAAUUUUGCUUGGUUUAUGGGUUGAUUUAAGCACUGCUAGCUUGUGGCUGGUGCAACAGAAGGAGCAGGUACACAGCAGAAUUAACUUGAAUGCUUAACUCACCAGAUUCACACUUUUUCAUUCCGAUGAAUCACCACCAUUACCAGAAACUGUUUCAGUAGUCUUCAGUCCCAUCUUUUUCAUUCCCUUGCUAUCACCUCAGUCACUAAUAGUCAGCCAGGCAUUCUGUUUCUUUCCUUUUCUCCCUUCCAACUUUGCUCAAUACAUCAUGCUUAACUAAGUUCUGUUCCAGCACAUGCUUUUUGCCUUGCAAAGCACAGACCUGCUGGUACCUUGCAGAGCAGGAAAGUUAGGAGACACUGGACCUGCUGCAGCACUGUUGGUUCCUGAGCCAGUAUCUGACAAACACUAACUUAAAGCCAAAUUUUAGAAAGUUCAGAAGCAAUGGUGAUUUAACCCCUAAUAGGAUAUGUUUAAUUUAUAAUGCAGAAUUUUGUGUCAGCAAAAGGCAGCACAAUCUGUUAACCUGUUUUGUGUAUUUUUUAAAUGUCUAGUUAUUAAUUUUACAGAGUUAGGAAGAUAACUGAAGAAAGGACAGGACACUGUAUCAGUGGGGUGAUUGUAUUGUGUUGAAGAAUACAUACCACAAUCUAAUUCAAAAUUAAUUAACAGUAGCUAAAAUAUGUAUAGCCAUUAACUAGGAAAAUGUAUUUCAGAAAUAUAUUUGCUAUGUUAUGGUUACAUUUAAAGACCUGAGCAACCAAAGUGUGGCAGGGCUAGAAAUACUGAGGGAUUUAUAAGAAAGUGAAUUUUAUGCAUCCCAUCUUGAGCUAGUACGUUUCAGGAUAACCUUCUUUUUUGUGUGUUUUUCUCUUUGCUGUAAUUAUGAUUAACAAGCUUGUUAUUAAUACCUCAUAUUGUGAAGAUUCAUAGUGAGAAUGUAUAGUAAAUUUGUAUGAUUUGUAUUGUAAUAAAAGCAAUUCAGAAUUUA